AUGUCAAACACCACCGUUCACGUCAAGAACAUCGCUUCGGCGACCGAGGACAAGGAGAUCAAGGACUUCUUUAGUUUCUGCGGCAAGAUCACCAACAUUGAGGUUACUCCCGCCGGCGAGACCAAGGAUGCUGCCGUCACUUUCGAGAAGGAGACUGCUGCCAAGACGGCUCUUCUCCUGAACAACACUCAGCUCGGCACCUCUCACAUCACCGUCACCAGCGCUGGUGGCGACCCCACCGAUGAUGCUCCUCACCACAAGGAGAACGCCGACCGCGACUCGGACGACAUCACACAAGAAGAGAAGCCUCGUUCUCGCAUCUUUGCCGAGUACCUUGCUCAAGGAUAUGUUGUCGGUGAUGCCGCCCUGCAGCGCGCCAUCGAGCUCGACAGCCAGCACGGUGUCUCCAACCGCUUCUUGACCACCCUCCAAGGUCUUGACUCCAAGUACCACGCAACCGACCGUGCCAAGGCUACGGACCAGUCCUACGGCAUCACUGCUAAGGCUCAGGGCAUCUUUGGCGGUCUCAGCUCGUACUUUGAGAAGGCCACCAGCACGCCCACUGGCAAGAAGAUUGUUGGUUUCUACGAGACCGGCUCCAGACAGGUGCAGGACAUUCACACCGAGGCCCGUCGCCUUGCCGACCUCAAGAAGGAGGAGCACGGCGGCAGCGCCUACAAGGCCUCCGGUCUCGAGAGAUUCCUCGGCAAGGAGAAGGCUGCCCCCGCUGCCACUGGCGAGACCAUUGGCACUCAAUCUCCCAUCCAACCCGACCCCACGACAGCUGUUCCUCUGUCUAAGCCGUCGGCCGCCACCGACGAGAAGACUCCCUUGUAA